AUGCAUACCUCAGAUGGGCUGGAGUGGAACCGUCGGGCGGCACAUGGAGUACUUAGUGCGAUGGAAUAUGACCAUUUUGAUACUUACGCCGAAGUCGUCAGUUGUCCACUCUCCGUGAUUCGCGGUCCGGGCUUGGCGUUGGUGGGCGUGGGUCAGCUGCUGAACUCUGCGACCUUCAAAACCAUCGGCGCAAAGGGAGUUUACUACGGGUCGCAGCUUGGAUAUGAUGUGCCAUGGGCAACGUCAUUUCCUUACAACAUCGGCAUUAGUGAUCCGCAGUACUGGGGCGUCAUUUGCUCUGUCUGGGGCUUCUACCUUUGUGUAGCUCCCUCUGGCGACCUUUUGAACCAGCACUUUGUCGUCCCAUGGCUGGAGACCUUUUGGUACUUUAUGUCCAUGAAGCUCCUCGAGCACAAGGGCAACGGUGGCCGCCUGCUUCGCGCCCUGGGCUUCGAGGCACACAGGGCCUUGAGAGGUGAAAUGAGCUUCCCAGCCUACAACAGAGGCGGCUGCGGACGGGUCCCUUUGCAAAGCAUUUCAGAUCCCGAUGCUGCCGGCUGGGUCACUGCAAUGUGUCACAAGAUGAGCGGUAAGGACGUACAAGCCACGGUCGAGUAUUGCGACGAGAUACUGACCAUCUACUGUUUCAUCUGA